AAUCACCCCCCCUUAAUCUUGCAUGGUUUAUGUGAAAUUCUACUUGCUCUUCCUUUUCAUUUCCUUUGCUGCACAGAGUUCACACACAUAAAACACAGAGAGAAAAGGGAAGUUCCCACACAUAAAGUCGGAUAUUUGGUUUGUUGCUGCACGGUGGGGAGCUGAAUCAAAUUUUACGUAUGUUAUGAGAUGGAGAUUCCAGGUUUCAGAGUUUAAAUUUUGUUGGUUUUCUUGCUAGAAGAUAAUAUGGGAGUUGCUACAAUUGCUGAAUUGAAGCCAAGCAUGUCAGGGAGAAGGACUCUUCGUUCUAGUGCAAGCACACGACAUUUUGUGGAAUGGCCAAUCUCUGAUGUUUCCAGCGACCUUACAGUUGAAGUAGGGACAUCCAGUUUUGCUCUUCACAAAUUCCUUUUAAUUUCUUGGAGUGGAAGAAUCCAGAGGCUUUUACAGGAAGCGAAGGAUGCAAAAAUCUGUAGAUUGAUUGUCACAGGAGUUCCAGGUGGAGCAGAGGCGUUUGAGCUGGCUGCUAAAUUCUGUUAUGGAGUAAACAUUGAUAUAAAUCUAUCAAACGUUGCUAUGCUACGCUGUGCUGCUCAUUUCCUUGAAAUGACUGAGGAUUUUUCAGAUAAGAACCUAAUACCCCGAACUGAAUCAUAUAUAAAGGAGACUGUCCUCCCAAGCAUACCAAACUCGAUAGCUAUUCUUCACUGUUGUGAAACUCUACGACCACUAUCAGAAGAGAUCAACCUGGUGAGUAGGGUUAUCAGUGCAAUAGCAAAUAAUGUAUGUAAAGAGCAGCUCACAUCUGGCUUGUCCAAAUUAGAUCACAACUUCUCUACAAAAUCAAUAUCGAGCAUGGAAACAGAAAAUCCUUCUGACUGGUGGGGAAAAUCAUUGACAGUCUUAGGUCUUGAUUUCUUCCAUAGAGUCCUUACUGCAGUAAAAGCAAAGGGUCUAAACCAAGAUACAAUCAGCCGAAUUCUGAUAAACUAUGCUCAAAGUUCCCUUCAAGGCCUUGUUCUGAGGGAUCCACAAUCAGUCAGAGGAAGUUUAUCUAACAUAGAGCUGCAGAAGAAACAAAGGGUUGCUGUCGAGGCAAUAGUUGGUUUAUUACCAACGCAAUCAAGGAAGAGCACAGUUCCAAUGGCAUUUCUUUCGAGUCUUCUAAAAUCUGCAAUAACAGCAUCAGCAAUUAUAUCUUGCAGAGCAGAUCUAGAGAGGAGAAUUGGAUUGCAACUGGACCAAGCAAUUCUUGAAGAUAUCCUGAUUCCUGUAAACUCACAUGGAAGCGUUUAUAGUCCCAUCUACGACACAGAAGUAAUCAUGAGGAUCUUCUCUAUUUUCUUAAAUUUGGACGAGGAUGAUGAUGAGGACAGUCAUAUGAGAGACGAUACUGAAAUGAUGUAUGAUUUUGAUAUCCCUCGAUCUCCAAAACAAAGUGCAAUCAUCAAAGUGUCAAAAUUAUUAGACAACUUUCUAGCAGAAGUUGCACUAGAUUCAAAUUUAAGUCCAUCGAAGUUUAUAGCAUUGGCAGAAUUACUCCCUGACCACGCUCGUCUAGCAAGUGAUGAAUUGUACAGAGCAGUAGAUAUCUUCCUCAAGGUUCAUCCAAACAUGAAGGACUCUGAGCGCUAUCGCCUCUGCAAAACCAUAGACUGCCAGAAACUAUCUCAAGAAGCCUGCAGCCACGCAGCUCAAAACGAACGACUGCCAGUGCAGACAGCAGUCCAAGUCCUGUACUUUGAACAAAUCAGGCUUCGCAAUGCUAUGACUGGGGGGCACAACCAAUUCUUUUUCGGCUCAAUGCAUGGCCAGUUCCCUCCGCGUUCAGGCAGUGGUGCAGCAAGUGGCUGCAUGUCUCCUCGAGACAACUAUGCAUCAGUGAGAAGGGAAAACAGAGAACUCAAACUCGAAGUAGGCCGAAUGAGAAUGAGACUAACUGACUUGGAAAAAGACCAUGUUUCGAUGAAACAGGAACUUGUGAAGCCACAUUCUGCAAACAGGCUACUGAGAUCAGUUACCAGGAGAUUAAGCAAGCUGCAUUUCAUGUUUAAAGUUAAAAAUGUCAAGAAUCUGAGUGAAAGGACCAAUUCAGAGAGCAGAUUUUUCUUUCAGAAAAGGUGUUACUCUGUUUCAUAAACCUUAAGCAAGCACAUGUAUGCUCAAUUGCUCAGGUAGGACAUGUUUCCAUAUGUUAUCUGUUACAUGGAAAAUAAUAUAAAAAUAUUUAUUAUAAA